AUGUUCAAAACCCCAUCAAGAAACACGAAAUACGAACAACUGGUGGACAAGACAUUGGCAUUAUUUGAAUCACUUGAAGAAUGGGCCGAUUACAUUGCGUUUCUAUCCAAGUUACAAAAAGUACUACAAUCAUACAAAGAAGAACUAGAUAAAGAAGUAAAAGAAGGUGGAGGGGGAGGAGGAGAACAUGAACACCUGUUUUUUGUACCGCAUGCUACAGAAGUGUCAUAUCGGUUGGCACUUUGCCUUUCACCAACUUUACCCAAUGGUGUUCAUCAAAAGACAUUGAAUAUUUACGAGUUCAUAUUGGAGAACUUAAAUUCAAAACAACUCAAUUCGGACGUUAGUAUAUGGAUACCUGGGUUUUUGCCACUUUUCUCAUACUCUUCAAUCCAAAUCAAACCACAACAAAUCAAAAUUGUGAAAAACUUGAUUAUCGAAAAGCUAAGUCGUGAAACAUUGAGCAAUUUGAUUAAACCGUUGGUUGUUUGGUUCUUAUCAGGAUUGGAAGAUACAAACUCCGAAGUGUUCAAUGAUGUGCAUUCACUAAUGGUAUCCUUCAAGUCCAAACUUCAAGAUGAUUCUCAAUUCUGGCAUUGCAUCUUUCUUUGUAUUAUAAACACACCGGAAAGAAGACUUGGCGCAUUGCAUUGGUGUGAACGAAACUUGCCCGAGUUUGCCAAUACCAAAGACGAACAAGGAAACCCACUUUAUUCACAAGAGGCUCAGCUCUGUAUGAAACCAGAAGCUGGUCUCUUGGUCAGAGCAUUUGCAGUAGUCAUUGGGUUGUCUUCUUCGGCGGAUAUCUUGGUGACAAGGGGAUUUUUUGAUUUGUUGUUAUCACGAGUGCCGUUGGAUAGUGCUAUAUUUGACCACAAGGUGACUUCAAAGGAUAAAGAUUUGUUGAUCAUGUCGUGUUGCAAAAUAACUUUAAACAAAGACGUGAGUUUGAAUAGAAGAGUAUUGAAUUACUUUUUGGGUCCUGAUAUUGAUAGUGACAGUGAAACAAGAAGAGACUAUUUCAAAAUGAAUGCAAAGGAUUCAUUAAGUCGCGGUCUUGUCAAGUUGGGUACUUCAAAUUCGAAGCGGAAUCAAUUGGACGCACUCAAGAUGUCAUUUUAUCUAAUAAUGGACAAGUGGGAGAUUAACUAUGAACUAACUCCUGAAUUGUUUUCACCAUUUCUUUAUCAAUGUUUUGCAAAGCGUCAUGAUGAAGAAGUGAUCAAAACAGCAAUGAAUUUCUUUGAUGAGACUGAGUCGUUAUACAUUUGGAAUGAAGUGCUUAAAUUGGUUGUGCUGGAUAAAGAGGCAAACCUUGAUAUUGUUGAGUUUAUACUAAAACAUUUUCACCUCAAUGAGGAUGAAAACGUUGAUAAAUUCUCACCAUUGGUGUUGUCUUGUCUCUUAUUCGGUCUUGAAAUAAACAAUCAAAAGUUGGAGCUAAUUGAGAUCAUUUUUGGGUACAUACAAUGGGGCAAAUUGGGUGAUAUAAACAAGGACAGUCAAUUGUCCCGCUCACAGUUGUUUGAGUCGGUGACUCUAUGGACUAAGCAGGAAGCAAACCACGAUUUGGAAACUCUUCCGUACUCGUUUGACGAAUUGGUGCCUUACAUUUUCAGUCAAUUGCAAACGUUGUAUCUCACGAAUUCUUCUAAGCUGAAUUUUGAUACAAGAAUUGGAAAUCUUUGGAUUCGGUUAUUCGAUGCGGUUGAAGCAGAUGAUGUGAAGCAAGAUAUUUCUGGGAAGUUUGUAUCGCGAUGGUUGAAGGAAUUGCCUGAAAGUCUAAAUACGAGAGAUAUUUUCAUUGCUUUGACAAGAGUAAACAUGCUUAACCAUUUGUCAAAGUUUAUUGGUGUGCUUGAGAAAGAGAUAUGUUUGAAAUACAUUCUUUCAAGUUUGUGGCAAGCUGUAGUGUCUUCCAAUCCUGCUAACCAUCAAGUUGAAGCAGUUAAAAGUAUUUUCGAGUUGAGAUUUUCCUUUCCCAUUCACAAGCUUGAAGCAGGGAUUUUAGAAUUGUUUUUGCAAAUUCUGCUUGAUAAGCAAUAUCUUGCUUUUGAAACAUUGUACAUUCAUACUUCUGGAAUCAGCGAGGCAGAAAAUGUCUUGAGUCGUUUGUUUCAGUUGAUAUUGGACGACUCUGAUAAAGAUGGAGCGCAACAACAGGAGGUGGUUUUAGACUUGAUUCAUCGACUUGUAAGCAACAACAAACCGCAAAGGUUGCUCAACUUGUGUUUUACACCAUUGACAAGAUUCGGAUUUAUGGAAAAUGGUCACUUCAAAUUUGAGCCUAGUGAAGAUUGCGAUCAAUACGCAUAUGACUUGAAACAAGUUGAAUCUUUGUUGACGUAUGAUCUGAAGAGCAUUAGACAUCACAUCAGUAGUGAUCAAUUUGGCGUACCAGAUGUGACGGAGGAACAUGACGAUCAUCACUUGCAAAUGUCUUACAAGCGGUACUUGAUCCUACUUUUGAAGGAGAAUCUCAAAUUGAUUACAUUUGAAAGUGCAUUCAUGUACUCCAAAGACGAGUGUCGUACAAUUGCUGAUAUCAGCUUGAACAUUUACAUGAAGCUAAUUACUGGUAAUGAGAAAAAUUUUGAGACAUUAUUUGACGAGUUACUUAUUGAUACAUUCAACCAUUUGAAUGGAAAAGAUUACGACGGUGUGUCUGAAUCAACAAUUGGAAAAUUUUUGCAAUGCAUUUUCCAUUUCCUCGAUCGAGCAUCUGUGUCCAAUGUCAAAUUGAACUUGUUACAUGUUCAUGAACAGGACAAAGGGCCCUUAUUGGUGAAUUUGAUUCAAGUUGGUGUAGCCAAAUGUCAAUCGCCGAUCCUACUUGAAAAGUAUAUGAAUUUAAUAACUAAAUCAGCUUAUCUUUUCGGAGAAUCAAUUUUCAGUAUCUUGCUUACCUUGACUGAAACCAUUGUUCUGAAAAUCAAUUUGUUAUUUGAUCGAUUCCUCCACUGGGAUGACUUUAAAUCUACUGAAUGUUUUGACGAUUCCAUGAUUAUCCUUUUUGAUGGGUUGGAGAAUUUCCUAACUAUCUGUCAUGGUUACUUGAUGCACUCCAGUGCUAGAGUACAGAUCCAAUCACAAAAGAACAAAGAUUCAGCCAAUAACGGGUUCUUGAAUAGUGUCAUGCUGGGUGUUUUCCAAAUCGAAUCACCUUCUACUAAAGACACUGAACAAAAUAAGCAUUAUUCCACCCUUAUUGCUCUUCAUGAUGCAACGAAGGCUAGUUUCAAGAUAUGGGAUUGGGCUGAUUCCAAGACAAAUAUACCAGACGAUGUCACCACUUAUUCUGACAGAUCUCUAACUUUUCUUUCAUUCAAGCUCAAGUUUAGAACAAAGACAUUUUUGGAUCGUUUGAUUGAGUUGGAACGACAGGAAAUUGUUAAUACAUUGAUUACGUCCAACAUUCAAUUAUCAAGUGUUUUGAAACUUCUCAAUAUUUUGGAUAAUGGUCGAUCACAAGUCACGUUACCUUAUUUAUUCAAUUAUAUCAAGAUGAAGUUCAAUCCUCAAAUGUUUUUGGAUACCAGUAAAACCUAUGUUGAAUCUAUUGUGGAUAGCCAUGACUUGUCUAGUUUUGUGGUGGCAUUUUAUGAUUUUAUGGAUUCAGACACAAUUUUUGACACUUUGAAUCAGACAUUGGAGUUUUUGGAUCUUGUUGCCUCACAAGUAUCUAACUUUGACCCAAUUGUUCCUGGUGCUUUACAAAUUUGUAAAGUGAUUUCAAUCAAAACAGGCAACACAAGGAAUCGCGAGUACUUGAAAAACAAGAAAUUGUUGUCUGAUAGCUUCACUAAGCUUUUCAAUCAAUACAUCAAUCAUCAUUCCACCUUGAAAAUGAAUUCUGCCGACGUUGGCAAUGAUGCUGCCAACAACCACCAGUUUAUUGACACGAUAACUGAGUUAGUUCCAAUUUUGGAGGAGAUAUAUCGUGAUUCAGAAAAGACAAACCAAACUGUUGGAUUUAUUAUCAAUAAUGUCAUUUUAACUCAAAAUAAGAAAAAACAACCCCACUUGAACGACGCUUUAUUGCAAUUGCUUUUGCUUCUAGGACAGCAUCACCCUGUAAGAGUUUGGAAGUCAACAGUUGCUGAUUUAUUCAAUGAUAGGAACUUCUUCACCACAAAUGCAUGCUCCAAUCUGAAAUGGAUGGAGAUUAUUCAAAUCUGGAUUGAGAAUGAGAAGGACAAAUUUGACGACAAGAUUGCCAAACUUGCACCAUCAUCAACAAAUUCACCAGCAGGGACAUUGUUCAACUGGAAUGAAGAUUCAGAAAUUGAAGCCAAGAUUAAUGUCAUCAAGCAAUUGACGUAUACCAUUCUCGUGCAACCACAUGAUUACUUUGCCAACAAAAUCAAUCAAGUUUUUGAUAAGGUCAAUCAAUUGUUGAGUUUAAGUACAUGUCCCGCGCCAAUUCGAAUUGAAGUCACUACAUUACUUCGAGCGGUUGUUUUGAAAAUUAGUGAUGUUCACUUGACUUCUCAUUGGGCUAUGAUUAUUCACGAAUUGCGGCUGAUUUUCACCUUAAUUUCUCAUCCACCUAAAUCAACCAAAGAGCUCACUUCCAUACCACCUCAAACAUUGCAAUUGAUACUAUUUGCAUCAAAACUACUUGAUGAAUUAUUAAUUGUCAAUCCCGAUGGAUUUAAUCUAAAUUCAUGGUUAUUUAUUAGUGUUGAUUUUGAAAACAAGUCCACCCAAACUAAUCUGAUUAUUGACUCUAUUUCCAAAAAUAAUGACUUUACGUUUUUGAAAAAUGAUGCAAUCAAGCUAAAUCAUGGAGAUUUGAUGGAUGAAACUAGUCUUAGUCCAUUAUUGGAGGGCGUAAGACACAUCUCACUGAUUACUCAAUUGAGGUUAUUUUUUGAUUCGUUAAGUAUGAUACAUUAUGAGCGGACAUACAGUUUGAAACUAGUUAAUCUCAAAACCUGUCAAGAUGAUAUCGUACAUGAUUUGAUCACCAUAUCCUAA